UGAAUACCACACAAAAAGCCAAGUUCUUACUAGGACUUGCUUAGACCCUCAAAGAGACAAGCUCAGCUGGUGCUCCCCACUACAGCAACUGGCUGACCAACUCAGUCAGGAGCUACCACCACUGUUCACAGUGAUUUCUUCAAGACUGAAUAAAGAUCCAAUUGAAGAUGGCAUUUACUAGCUUAGCCACACAAAAUGACACAGCUAGUCUGCAUUAUCACAUGAAUUCCGCUUCUAUGAUGCCUCCAGACAACAACAUCUUCAACGACACAGACACCUAUUGUGAAAAGAGUAAUAUCAUGGAAUUUGCUAAGACUUUCUUGCCAACAUUUUUCUGCCUUGUGUUCUCUUUGGGCACAUUAGGAAAUGCCUUAGUUAUCCUUGUCUACUGCAAACACAGGUUCAGGAAGAGCAUGACUGACAGAUACCUAUUGCACUUGGCCAUUGCUGAUCUACUUCUCCUCUCAACGCUCCCUUUCUGGGCAAAAGCAGCUUUAGAUGGCUGGAUCUUUAAGAAUGUUAUGUGUAAAAUUGUCAAUAGUAUGUAUAAGAUCAACUUUUACAGCUGCAUGCUGUUUCUGAUGUGCGUUAGUAUUGACCGGUACAUUACAAUUGUACAGGCAAUGAAAGCAAAGAACUCUAGACGAAAGAGGCUCUUCCGCAGCAAACUUAUUUGCUUUGUUGUCUGGCUGACUGCGAUAGGUUUGUGCAUCCCAGAAAUUGUAUACAGUAAAGUUAAGCAAGUCAGUGAUAUAACUACAUGCAAAAUGAUGUACCCCACCACUCUUAACACAUCCAUCAAAGUUAUUCUCCUGUCUUUGAAAAUGACAAUAGGGUUCUUACUUCCCUUUCUUGUCAUGGUUGUUUGUUAUGCUCUUAUAAUCCGUACCCUUCGUCAAACCAAAAAAUCCCAAAAACGCAAAUCAUUGAAAAUCAUUGCCAUCAUCAUCACAGUUUUCCUCCUCUCUCAGUUUCCCUACAAUAUUGUUUUGAUGGUCAAAACCAUUCAUACAUAUACCAUGGUCAGAUAUGACUGCAGAACUGCGGAUGCCAUGGACAUUGGAUUUCAGAUAACGCAGAUCAUCGCUUUCUUUCACACCUGCCUCAACCCUGCCCUUUAUGUGUUUGUUGGGCAGAGAUUCCGUAAUGCUCUCAUUAAAAUUCUGACAAAUGCAGCUCACUGCAGCAGUAAGAGCAAGGAGAAUUUUGCCUCCCCAUGGGAUAGCCAAGAACGGAGCUCAGUGUGGUCAUCUACAAUGGUUGGGGGAUUAAAAAUCAGAGGUCCUUUUACAGACAGCACUCAGCUGGAGCUCUAAUUUGCAUCUGCCUGUCUCCUAUAGGAAGCAGAGAGACUCUAGCCAUCAUGAAAGAUAUCAGAUUUAGCCUUUUUACAUAAUUCUUGCACUAUGAGAGAAAAAGACCUUUUCAACAGAUUGAAUUAGCAAUCUCAGCCAGAGUUUGAUCCUGCAAAUGCUGAGCAGUCUUAACUCUCAGAGAAGUCUGUGAGACUUGAGGGUGUCCAGCAUUUCUCCUGAUCACAAGAGCUCAGUAUGCUGACAGAUCAAGCUGUGGGCUUUUGGCUGAAGGGAAGUGAAACCAUUGACGGACAGGGAAGUAGUGAUGAUGCUGAUUGUAAGAAGAACUGAUAAAUGAGAGAGGAGAUAAAAGUAUCUUUGUUACCGUUGUAAAUAACCCAUCUGUCCCAAUGAGCACGCUCAACAAGCAAGUGACUUGAGAUGAUCUGCUCAUCUCCAACAAGAGGCAUAGAAGAAAUGUGAUGGCUACCUAUGACACAAUUCAGGUCCAUGUUGACUAAGCAAAAAAAAAUCUGGGCCUGCAUCUCUCGUUUGCCUCCAUGAGUUACAGGGAUUCAUAGUCCACUUUACUGUAAGUGGUGUAGAUUUACCCCAGUAUGAAGGAGAACAGAAUUUGGCUAUCAGCAUGUGUUUUUCUUCAGUCUUUCUUCUUUGUAAGUAAUUUUAGUAUAUGCAGAUAAAUAUCUGUACUAGUUGCAAAAGCCAUUAUAUUAUCAGAAUAACAUAUGGUCUUUCCCUGUUAGAUUUUGCAUUUUCAAGGUAAUCUUUGUAAAAAUAAGCUAUUUUUUAUUCUUAAUUUAGUUAUUUGAUUUUGAAGUGAAAUUAUAGGUACAGCUCAUAUCAUACAACAUAUCAUAUUUUGUUAUUAGAAGCUUGCCUGGUAUAUUAAUAAACCUUACAACUUAGAGUAAUCUUUUUGAGAGAUACUUAGUAAUUUUCUGUCAAUGUGGGAUUUGCUUUUCAAACUGAACAGCCCUAGUAAUGCUGGAAUGGUGGACAAACUGAUGCCUGAAUGAAUCAGUGGUAAUAAGGAUAAUUACUGAGCAUAAUAAAAUGGUUAAAAAAUUAUAUCCAACCUGGACUUUAUAUGGCAGACAGUGGAAAUGAGUGGAACCUGCAAGAAAGACUUUUCCCUUCAGAUCACUUGGGAUCACAUAAGUCUAUAAUAAUACCCUGCACUUACACAGCUGCUUCUAUCCUAGUAUGUCAAAGCACUUUAGAAGCAUUAAAAAAAUAUGACACCAGUUAUGCAAGGUGUCUGUGACAGAGUGAGGAAUAAAAGCUACGGCUCCUGUCUCUCAGUUCUGCGCCUUAGCAGCAGGAUUAUCGUCCCUACCUUUGAGUUACAAGCAGAAGUGGUGCCCAGCUUGUUCUUUACCAGUUUGGACUCAUUUAAAUCAGAAAUGUAAACUGACAAUUUUGAUUGUGAUUCAAAUCAGCAAAAAAUGAACUUAAAUUGUCAAAUUUAGCGUUGUACUUUUAUUUCCUUAAAUAGUACUCAUUGGCUGGCAAAUAUUAAAAGAGGUUAAUAAAUAUAGUUUUUUAAGUUACCACUGCUAAGCAUGAGGAUACACUAA